AUAUUGACCUCAUCUCAACAGUUCUUUACAUUACUUAAUUAUAUGCUUUAACGACUGCAAUAACCAACCAUGGAACCGGAGCUCAAGCAUUCAUUAGACUUCUAUUUGUUUUGGAAAGGUACUGUUCUCUAAAUAAGAACAAUGGCGAGCCUAGAAGAUGUUUUCUUGGAGCAGGAAAUGACAAACUGGUUGAAAGCAUGGCUGGCAUUAAAUAUAACAAAGACCGGCCUACACAAUUUUGUUGACACGGAAGUACAACAAUUUCAGUUGAGUAUUUUACAAUCCGUUACAAAGACUUCAGGACUUUCACCAAACACAACAUGCACAAUAUGCUGUACAGCGAACCUUCUGAAAUGCCCCACAGACAAAUUGUGUAACAAAAGAAAUCACAGCGGAGUUUGCAAGUUUCAUGACACAACCAGCAAACUAUGGCGACAAUGUCCAACCCAGAUAUGCGAUAAAGUGCGUAACGAAAUAGUAAACGCACAUAGAUUUAAAGGCCCUAGAUGUAACGGUCCUUCUUGGAAUAACACCUCAGCGGAACAAUGGGCGAGUAAUCAUUGGGAAGUAGGGAAAUGUUAUAUGCCUCCAGAUGGGUAUAUUAAAGUGCGUUCUUUUGAAAAAACAGAUUUCAACGGCGUCAUCAGUAUCAUGUUGAAUUGUACAAUCUUUGAUAGCAAGUUAUCGUUCAGCAUAGCACCUCAGCUCAGUUCUCCUUGUCUGUUGACAAAGGCUCGUGAAGUAGGGAAAGCUGUCCGCCAUUCUCCUGAUUGUAAAGUAACAAGCGCCGAUCUCCAGGAGUAUGUUUUAACACUGGUCACCUUACUCAGUGAUUCAAAAGUCCUGAUACAUGACGUUCGUGCCCAAGAUGCAGUCACAAAAUUAAACCAGUUACAAAGUAACAGUUUGAAGCUAUCUGUGACGGAUGUGAGUCAGUUGCUGAAAGACGCACAUCAAACUUUAACACAGGCCAAACAAGUGUCGGAGGAGUCAAAGACAAAAAUGGAAGCCUACAUAGAUAAACUUGAAUUAAAACUUAAUGUACACGUUCAAAAUCUGCUAGACAAAUGCACAGAGGACAUUACGAAACAUACAAACACAUGCACUGAAAGAUCUAAACGCGAAUUGGAUAUACAUGUGCAAAAAGUUCAUUCAAGAAAGGAGGAGCUGGACUACGAAAAGGCUAUUGACGAAUUUCAAAGACGUUUGAAGAAGUAUUACCUAGACAACCUACGGCACGUACCUGUUUCUCCAUUGGUUCCAAGCCAUGAUAAAUCUUUAAUGGAAAUAUAUGUUACACCAAAAAUACAUCGAAUCGUUACGGGAAAGGACGGCGUGGAACGGAAAGCUGGCCAAAUUUUCAAAUACAAUGACAUUUUCCAGGAAGAUCCCAAAGCUAAGAAGCACGUAUUUUUGCAAGGAGAACCAGGCAAGGGAAAAACUACAUUUGCAGCUAAAUUACUUUCAGACUGGUGCAAUGACUGCGCAACCACAUCGAAAUCUUAUGUAAAAAACCAUCACUUUGCUGAUGUAGAAACGCUGCAGGCGUAUACGUUUGUCUUUCACAUUGCAUUACGUGAGUCUAGAUGUCAACGGAAUUUAACAGAGAUUAUUAAAAAACAAAUAAUUGAAAAGAUCUAUGCUGAAAAAGAUGUCAAUGCAGCAUACAUACUUCUUCAACGUAUUUUUGAAGAGGAAAUAUGUCUUGUUGUUCAAGACGGGUUGGACGAAUGGUGUGAUCCAGACAAGGAACUUGUCCUGCCAUUUUUAGCUCAAACAUUCCGGUGUAUUGUGUUAAUUACUACACGGCCAUGGAAAAUGUCUGACGAACGUUUGAAAAAUUCUCAGAUUGAUUGCCUUUUAGAAUUAGAAGGCGUGAUGGAUUCAUCAAUGCUCAGUAAAAACAUUUUAGGAUGCCUUCUAAGUGAUGACCUGGACAGCAAGCACGAACAUUUUGAGACGUAUGUACGUGGAAAUAGUCUUAUUAAAGAUUUGGUAUUGACUCCAAUGAUGCUAACACAUAUAGUAUGUUUGUGGGUGGAUGGAACAAUUUUAACAGGAUCGACCUGUGAAAUCUACAGCCUGAUUCUGGAUAGUUUUCUAAAAAGGAACAGCAACAAAUGGAGCUAUUUUCAGUGUCCGCCAUUCAAAUGUUUCGAAAAUACAAAAUAUCUGCAACCAAAUUAUGAUCAUAUACAAUCUAUUUCAAGGGCAGCAUUUUAUCUGCUGUUUUCUCUUGAUAGAGAUGGUUCGUUAGUGUUUAGCGAUAAAGUAUUAUACCGACACCUUCUUGAGGAACAAAAAGUGUUUGCACUUAAUUCGGGAAUCCUAUCAGAGAGAAAAACAUCAACUUUGAGUUGCAAACCGUCCACGAUGUUCUUCAUCCACAAAAGUAUUCAGGAAUUUCUCGCUGCAUUGUAUAUUGCUCUUAAUGUGAACGUCAUUGACGAUGUUUUCUCAGCAUAUUUGAGUCAAACUCCUAAUUCUUUGUUCGACAUUUCUCAAGUUUUCAUUUUUGUCUGCGGACUUAAUAUAGGUGCUGCAAAUCGAAUAUCCUCCACGAUGAACUCGCACUGUAUAACGAAUUUGAACCAAUACUAUAAAAAAAGGAAUUUGCACAAAAACUAUGUUCGGACGUGUAUUCGGAACCUGUACGUAAAACGUUUUCAGGACGUUUUUAUCACUGGCUUUUUAGAAGCCAAAUCCAAUAAUUUCAAAGAUCAGGAAGUAAAUCUGCAACUUCAUCAUUUUAACUUCGAUAUUGAUGAGAAUAGAAACUGUGCUUUGAAAUCCCUUCUGUCAAACAAUGUGUGCAAUGUGCAAUCACUUGGGUUCAGUACAUACAAGUAUCCUGACCUCCAUGGAUAUGAGGUACUAUCAUCGUCGGCACAUUGUUUACAAUAUUUGCAAAUAGGCGAUUUUCUAACCUAUCUACACGAAACAAUACGAGAUACCUAUACUAAACUGGAUCUUUCUUUGUUGCAACGUUUACAGAAGCUCUAUGUAUACGAACGCUAUGUAGAACUGCUACCUUUUCGUGGAUUUUCGGACAUGAAGUCGCUUACAUUGUACUGCAAAUGUGAUGGAUUGGACUUGUCAUCAUUUAAGAAUCUGCGUGAACUUGAGCUUGGUGAACAGGUGACCUUGGUACCAAAUGCUCUAUAUGAGCUCAAUAACCUGGAGUCUCUAUCAUUAGCAUGUAAAUAUGACGGGUUAGAUUUGACGAGUUGCAAAAAGCUAAAGUGGAUUACACUGGCCGAGCAUGUUACAUUAUUACCGAAUGCACUUCAACAGCUUCGAAAUUUGGAUUAUCUCGAUUUAAGAUGCAUGUGCGAUGGGUUGGACUUAUCAUCAUGUACAAAUCUAAUGCACAUCAGUCUCGGUGAACAUAUAACACUAUUACCAUUUGCUCUGCGUGAUCUUCAUCAAGUGCAAAUAUUAAAUUUGAAGUGUAAAUGUGAUGGAUUGGACUUAUCUUCUUGUACAUACCUAGAGCUCAUCAGUCUCGAUGACAUAGAUAGCGACACCGACUAUGAAUCCUCGUCCGUAUAUGACAUAGAUAGCGACACCGACUAUGAAUUGGAAUAUUAA